CGUCCAGAUGAUGUGAUAACGAUGCUAAGUGGUAAAACAGUUGAAAUAACGAAUACCGAUGCUGAGGGCCGUCUUAUCCUGGCCGAUGGUGUAUUUUAUGCAAAAAAUGUUCUAAAGGCUGAUACGAUUAUUGAUAUGGCAACGUUAACCAGCGCGCAGGCUUACGCAACCGGUAAAUUACACGCAGCAGUACUAACGAACAGCGAGGAGUGGGAGCAACGAGCAUGUAGGGCAGGUCGAGCGAGCGGGGAUCUUGUUCAUCCGCUUCCUUUUUGUCCCGAUUUGCAUUUCGCUGAUUUGAAAAGUCCUGUGGCAGAUAUGCGCAAUUCGACAUUCGGCAAAAUGCAGGGAGCAGCAAGUUCAGUUGCUGGAUUGUUUAUUGCGUCACACAUUGAUUUUGCAAAUGGCCUGAAUUGGCUUCACUUCGACAUUGCUUCUCCGGUGGGAUGUUCGGAUCGAGCUACCGGCUAUGGGCCAGCACUGAUGUGUGCUCUUCUCGCUCAGGAUGUCGAUGUGCCAUUGUUGAAAGUCGUGCAUUAA